GGCGACUCCGGCGGCGGGAGCAGCGAGGAGGAGGGGGCUGCUCGGCGCUGCGCCCAGAGCUGCCGCCUGGAUCGCGCCAGUCCGGUCCCCGGAGACCCGCACCCCGCCCUAGCCUCACCUGACCCAGGUGGACACCUGAGGGGAAGGCGCAGGGAUGGGCGACAGCGCUAACCACCUGCCCUUCUUCUUCGGCAACAUCACCCGGGAGGAGGCAGAGGACUACCUGGUCCAGGGGGGCAUGAGCGACGGGCUCUACCUGCUGCGCCAGAGCCGCAACUACCUGGGCGGCUUCGCCCUGUCGGUGGCACACGACCGGAAGGCACAUCACUACACCAUCGAGCGGGAGCUAAACGGGACCUACGCCAUCUCAGGCGGCAGGGCCCACAGCAGCCCCGCCGAGCUUUGCCACUACCACUCCCAGGAGCUGGAUGGUCUCAUCUGCCUCCUCAAGAAGCCCUUCAACCGGCCGCCCGGGGUGCAGCCCAAAACCGGUCCCUUUGAGGACCUGAAGGAGAACCUCAUCCGGGAGUAUGUGAAACAGACAUGGAACCUACAGGGUCAAGCUCUCGAGCAGGCCAUUAUCAGCCAGAAACCUCAGCUGGAGAAGCUGAUCGCCACCACAGCCCAUGAAAAAAUGCCCUGGUUCCACGGAAAAAUCUCUCGGGAUGAAUCUGAGCAGAUUGUCCUGAUAGGAUCAAAGACAAAUGGAAAGUUUUUGAUCAGGUCCAGGGACAACGGGUCUUACGCCCUGUGCCUGCUGCACGAGGGGAAGGUGCUGCACUACCGCAUCGAUAAGGACAAAACGGGGAAGCUCUCCAUCCCUGGUGGGAAGAAUUUCGACACACUCUGGCAGCUCGUCGAGCAUUAUUCUUAUAAGUCAGAUGGUUUGUUAAGAGUUCUUACGGUUCCAUGUCAAAAAUUUGACGGUCAAAUGGGAAAUAUUAAUUUCCGUCCACAACUUCCAGGUUCCCAUCCUGUGGGCUCCUCAUCCCAAAGGCCAGAAAGUUCGGUGACGUUCAACCCUUAUGAGCCAGACCGAGGGCCCUGGGCCAACGAAAGAGAAGCCCAGAGAGAAGCCUUGCCCAUGGACACCGAGGUCUAUGAAAGCCCCUAUGCAGACCCCGAGGAGAUCAGGCCCAAGGAGGUCUACCUAGACCGGAAGCUGCUGACCCUGGAGGACAAGGAACUGGGCUCUGGGAACUUUGGGACGGUGAAGAAGGGCUACUACCAGAUGAAGAAAGUUGUGAAAACAGUGGCUGUGAAAAUCCUGAAAAACGAGGCCAAUGACCCCGCUCUUAAAGAUGAGUUAUUAGCAGAAGCAAACGUCAUGCAGCAACUCGACAACCCUUACAUUGUGCGCAUGAUUGGGAUAUGCGAAGCCGAGUCCUGGAUGCUGGUUAUGGAGAUGGCGGAACUUGGUCCACUCAACAAAUAUUUACAGCAGAACAGGCAUGUCAAGGAUAAGAACAUCAUAGAGCUAGUUCAUCAGGUGUCUAUGGGAAUGAAAUAUUUGGAAGAGUGCAAUUUUGUGCACAGAGAUCUGGCUGCAAGGAAUGUAUUGCUGGUUACUCAACAUUAUGCCAAGAUCAGUGAUUUUGGACUUUCCAAAGCACUUCAUGCUGAUGAAAACUACUACAAGGCCCAGACCCACGGGAAGUGGCCCGUGAAGUGGUACGCUCCGGAAUGCAUCAACUACUACAAGUUCUCCAGCAAGAGUGACGUCUGGAGCUUUGGAGUAUUAAUGUGGGAAGCAUUUUCCUACGGGCAGAAGCCCUAUCGGGGAAUGAAAGGCAGCGAAGUUUCUGCUAUGCUGGAGAAAGGAGAGAGGAUGGGGUGCCCUCCAGGGUGUCCGAGAGAGAUGUACGAGCUGAUGACCCUGUGCUGGACCUAUGACGUGGAGAACAGGCCCGGAUUUGUAGCAGUGGAACUGCGGCUGCGCAAUUACUACUACGAUGUGGUUAACUAAUGGCUCCCACGCCCGUCUGUGGCUGCCUUUGGCCAAAUGAGAAGUUGAGGGAAGACUAUUCCAGUGCUUUGAUUUUGAGUCUCCAUCUUCCUCCGCCCGGGAGAGCCAGCUCAGGUGGAACGUUCCAGUGACUGUCGUUCCCCAAAGCCUGUCCUGGAACACGCCCUCCACAAAGCAACCCAUCCCAGAAGAGCGGUGGGAAGACAGACAGACACCAGGACCAAGGGUCCCUUGGAUUCGUGUGUGUUUCUUGUCUGAGUGGCAGGUUAUUUGCAGGAUUUGUUUCCAAAUUUCUUUCUGUCUUUUCAGUUCUCGGGCUCCUGGGCUGCAUUUGAAUACUCAGCGUCACCAUGGGGUGCUGAAUCCUCUUUCCCAUUUCGGCUGCAUUUUCAGUGGCCAGAGGGUGCCCUUGGCUUGUGAUGCCUGCUGUGGAGGGAAGGAAGGGAGAGGAGAAGAGGUUUGAGUGCCUCCAGAACAUGGCUCCUACAGGUCCCAAGAUUGAGCCCUGCCACUGAAAAAUAUUCCCUGAUAAAAGUGCUUUGAGGCUUAAAAAAAUCAGGCUGGACCACUGCAGUUUCUAAGCCUGUAGCCCAGUUAAGGGAAAAUAAAAAUUCUGGAUACUGCUUUUGUUCUAUGUGUUCUGAGGCAGAAGACUCACAUCUAUAUGAAAAAUGGAGCCUGUUGGAAUGAAUUGGCUUGGCUUACUUUCCCCGCAAAAGCCUCUCUGAAGACUAUACUUGACUGGAGACUAAUAAAUAAAGUUCUUCAUGGAGACCCAGUAGGGAAGAGGAUGUCUGUCAUCUCAGAUCUGAUCUAGGACAGACAGCAGGGUACAGCGGGCUGUCGUCUGCUUAGUGUGGUCGAAGCUUGCUCUCCCCUAGAGAGGGCCUGCAGCCAGAAUUCCCUGACUCUUUCUGUAUUCGUAGUGAGGGACAACCUGGUGGCCAAGGCCAUCUAAAGAGGAGUUUCUAAGGCAAGUAUUAAUUCACAAUAAAGCCACAGAUCCUGACCCUCUCCACAAGUAAGCCUCAUUGAAUGCAACUUUGGGUUGAAGAUACAAGACGCAAGAAAUUUUUUCUAGUCCCUGGGUCUUAGUUAAUCCUUGGCUAAUGUUUGAUCUCAUGCGGAUCAUCAGCCCAUUGAUAUCAGAUUUGCUGUAGCCAUCCUUCUUAAGUCAGUCGAGACACAUAAACUCAGACCAUCUUGUCUUCAGCGGUACCUAAGACAUUUUAAAGUGUACAUCCAGCCUAUGGCCAGAGAGGAGGCCCCACUCAUGACAGGGGAGCCGGGCACGGAGAAAGGCAGCAGUCGGCACCCCAGCUUAGCCAGCAGAAGACAUGAGUCCACUGGUAGAACUUGUGUUAAGAAACUUUCAGAAGCCACCCAUGCUUUUUUGCCACAUGGUGGUUUAAUCAUAGUGUUAAAGAAAGGAUCCCUGUGUGCUGAGCAGAUACUCAAAACAAUGGCAAUGCACAUUUAGAGUCCCUGAGAUUAUAAAGAUGAGUGACACAAUCUCUGUGGUCAGGUUGUUUGUAGAAUCGUCACAGAAAGGGCUGGAUAAAGCAGUAAUGGCAUCUGAGAAAGAGACCAUCCAUACACACUGCUGAACUCCCAGGGUCCUUCUUCUACCCACAACGUGUGUCUGUAGCAAGGCCACACACUUACAGGAAUAGAGGGCAUGCGUGUCAUAAACAUGUAGAGCUCUUGCCUUCUUUCCAGUGGGAUUUUCCACACUGUCUAGCAGCUCAACACCCUUCCCAGGAGUCUGGGGAUGAAGAACAUCUAGAAUGUGAGUGGGCAAGAGAUGCCCUGCCCAGGAGGCAGCCAGCACUCCCCUCCACUCUGUCCUCCACUUCUCCCGCUAGUGGAAAGAGGCCUGUGUGUAGAAUUUUCACUGUGGCCGCUCGCCCAAGUCUUGUCUAGUGAAAAUUGUAUCCUGCGUUAGGGAUAACUGUUCUUUUCCCCGGGGUCACAGAGGAAGGCACAUAGGGAAAGGCACCUUUGUGGAAGGAUUUAUGAAGUAAGUGAGCAAAAUUUGGAAUCUUAGGGCUUACUGCAAGGCUGGGCUUUCACAUACAUGCUGCCCUUCUGAUGGGUCUAACCACGUCUUUACCUGGGUCUGGGCUCACUCCAUGUGCCUUCAGCUUUUGGUCCAUCUUUAGCAGGAACAAAAGGACAGCACAUCAGACACUCGGCCCUGGCCAGCACCAAUUGUCUGCUGAUGCCACAAACACUUUGUCACCUCAGUUGGACCAAAGGUUUUUUGUAACAGAAACAUAGUUCAUUCUGUGGUUAGAAUAAUUACAAGUGUUUUUCGUUUGAGCGUGUCCUUCCCCUGCACUUGCUGGUACCAGCCUUGCCUUUGUCCGUUGCAUGGUGACUUCACAUCUACUCCAGCCCAAUGACUGCAACCCCACCUGGAUUUUCACAUGUAGGGGUGACCGCUGGUUUAUCAGGCCCCCAGACUCCCAAAGAGCACACUCGACCUGUUAAUCCGGGCAUCAUAUUCUCCAUUCAUUUCAGAAGAGCAAUCUUUUGUCACUGGACUUUUUUCA